UGAUGUAUGUGUAACACAAACACAACAUAGAAAGAAAAAUUAGUUUCUAUCUAUUUUGAAGAUAAGAAACAAAAUGGCUACAUUUGGGUAUUUGUGUGCUCUAAUAUUGAUGUGUAUCUUAGUGUCUAGCAAUGCUCAAUUACAACAAAACUUUUAUGCCAAGAGUUGUCCAAAAGCAGAGAAGAUCAUUUUAGACUAUGUCCAUAAACACAUUCCAAAUGCACCAUCUCUUGCUGCUGCCUUAAUCAGAAUGCAUUUUCAUGAUUGCUUUGUUAGGGGAUGUGAUGCAUCUGUGUUGUUGAAUUUCACUUCAAGUACAGGAAACCAAACUGAAAAAUUUGGUAUCCCAAAUCUAACACUUAGAGGUUUCUCAUUCAUUGAUAAUGUGAAGAAAAUAAUUGAAGAUGAAUGCCCUGGAGUUGUCUCUUGUGCUGAUAUUGUUGCCUUAGUUGCUAGAGACUCUGUUGUGGUCACAGGAGGUCCUUCAUGGAGUGUACCAACAGGAAGAAGAGAUGGAAGAAUCUCUAAUGCUUCAGAAACCUUAACAGACAUUCCAGCUCCAACUAGUAACUUUUCCACUCUCCAGAAUGAUUUUGCUAAGAAGGGUCUUGACCUCAAAGACUUGGUCUUAUUGUCUGGUGCUCACACUAUUGGAGUUUCUCAUUGCUCGUCAUUCUCAACGCGUCUAUAUAAUUUUACUGGAACUUUUGGUACUGAAGAUCCAUCUUUAGAUAGUGAAUAUGCAGCCAACCUUAAGGCCAAUAAAUGCAAAUCAAUUAACGAUAACACAACAAUAGUCGAAAUGGAUCCAGGGAGUUUCAGGACAUUUGAUCUUAGCUAUUACAAGCUUUUACUCAAAAGGAGAGGACUCUUCCAGUCCGAUGCAGCCCUAACAACAAGUACAACAACGAAGUCAUACAUCGACCAACUUGUCGCGGGAUCACUUAAAGAGUUUUACGCUGAAUUUGCUCAAUCAAUGGAGAAAAUGGGAAGGAUUGAAGUUAAAACAGGUUCUGAUGGUGAAAUUAGAAAGCAUUGUGCGGUUGUGAAUAGUUAAGAGGAGUCUUUGGUUCUUUCGGUUUGGGGCAAUAUGUAUCAUUAAUGAUACAUAUUGUUCCUUUUGCAUUUUUUUCUUCAUCAUGUUCCUUUUGUUAUCAUUCCGAUUUUUGUUCUACUGCGUGACUUGAUGAUUGUUUAAAUAAAUGUUGAAUGUAUAUGCAAUUCCUUCUUCUUCUUAUCAAGGCAUAAAA